GACAAGGAUCCUGGCUGUGGGGACAAGGUUCUUGGCCGUGAGGACAAGGUUCGUGGGCGUGAGGACAAGGUUCCUGGCGGUGAAGACAAGAUUCUUGGCGUUGAGGAAAAAGUUCCUGGCAGUGAGAACAAGGUUACUGGCUGUGAGGACAAGGUUACUGCCAUGAGCAGAAGGUUGCUGGCCGUGAGGACGAGGUUUCUGGCGGUGAGGACAAGGUUCCUGGCGGUGAGGACAAGGUUCCUGGCCGUGAGAACAAUGUUCCUGGCCAUGAGGACAAUGUUCCUGAGGGUGAGGACAUGGUUCCUGGCGGUGAGCACAAGGUUCCUGGCGCUGAGGAAAAGGUUUCUGGCGGUGAGGACAAGGUUCUUCGCGAUGAGGAAAAGGUUCCUGGCGGCGAGGACAAGGUUAUUGGCUGUGAGAACAAGGUUACUGGUGGUGAGGACAAUGUUCCUGGGCGUGAGAAAAAGGUUCCUGGCGGUGCGUGCAAGGUUCCUGUCCGUCAGGAAAAGGUUCCUGGGCGUGAGGACAAGGUUCGUGGCGCUGAGGACAAGGUUUCUGGCCGUGAGCACAAGGUUGCUGGCGGUGACGACAAGGUUACUGGCUGUGAGGGCAAAGUUCCUGGCGGUGAGGACUAGGUUACUGGCGGUGAGGACAAGGUAACUGGCGGUGAGGACAAGCUUCCUUGCCGUGAAGACAAGGUCACCAGCGGUGAGGACUAGGGUCCACGCUGUGAGAUCAAUGUUCCUGGCCGUGAGGACAAGGUUCCUUGCGGCGACGACAAGGUUACUACCUGUGAGGACUAGAAGGUUCCUCAGUGAGAACAAGGUCCUUCACUUUGAGGAUAAGGUUCCUCACUCUGAGGACAAGGUUCCUCAAUCUGAUCACAAGGUUCCUCAUUCUGAGGACAACGUUCUUUACUGUGAGGACAAGAUUCUUCGCUCUGAGGACAAGGUUCUUCACUCUGACGAGAAGGUUCCUCACACUGAGGACAAGGUUCCUUACUUUGAGGACAAGGUUCUUAACUCUGAGGAUAAGGUUCUCCACUAUGAUAACAAGGUUCUUGACUCUGAGGACAAGGUUCUUCACACUGAGUACAAGGUUCUCCACUCUGAGGACAAGUUUCUUGACAGUGAGGAGAAGGUUCUUCACACUGCGGACAAGGUUCUUCACGUUGAGGACAAGGUUCUUCAUUCUGAGGACAAGGUUCCUCACACUGAGGAGAAGGUUCUUCACUCUGAGGACAAGGUUCAUCACUCUGAGGAGAAGCUUCCUCAUUCUAAGGACACGUUUCCUCACUCUGAGGACAAGGUUCUUCACUCUGAGGACAAAGUUUUCACUCUGAGGACAAGGUUCUUCACCCUGACGACAAGGUUCCUCACACUGAGGACAAGGUUCUUCACUCUGAGGACAAGGCUCCUCACUGUAAGGACAAGGUUCUUCACUCUGAGGACAAGGUUCUUCACUAUAAGGACAGGGUUCUUCACCCUGAGGACAAGGUUGCUCACACUCAGGACAAUGUUCUUCACUCUGAGGACAAGGUUCCUCACUCUGAGGACAACGUUCUUCAAUCCGAGGACAAGGCUUCUCACACUGACGGCAAGGUUCCUCAGUUUGCGGACAAAGUUGGUCACUCUGAGGACAAGGUUCCUCACUCUGAGGACAACGUUCUUUACUGUGAGGAGAAGAUUCUUCACUCUGAGGACAAGGUUCUUCACUCUGACGACAAGGUUCCUCACACAGAGGACAAGGUUCCUUACUUUGAGGACAAUGUUCUUAACUCUGAGGAUAAGGUUCUCCACUGUUAGGACAAGCUUCUUGAAUCUGGGGACAUUGUUCUUCACGCUGAGUACAAGGUUCUCCACUCUGAGGACAAGUUUCUUGACUCUGAGGACAGGCUCUUCACACUGAGUGCAAGGUUCUUCACCCUGAGAACAAAUUUCCUUACUCUGAGUACAAGUAUCUUCACUAUGAGGACAAGGUUCUUCACUCUGAGGACAAGGUUCUUCACGCUGAAGACAAGGUUCUUCACUCUGAGGAGAAGGUUCCUCACACUGAGGACAAGUUUCUUCACUCUGAGGACAAGGUUCCUCACUCUGAGGACAAGGUUUCUCACUCCGAGGAAACGGUUCCUCACUCUGAGGACAAGCUGCUCCACUCUGAGGACAAGGUUCCUCACUCUGAGGACAAGGUUCCUCACUCUGAGGACAAGGAUACUCACUCUACAACGUCCUUUACUGUGAGGACAAGAAUCUUCACUCUGAGGACAAGGUUCUUCACUCUGACGACAAGGUUCCUCACACUGAUGAAAAGGUCCUUACUUUGAGGACGAGGUUCUUAAAUCUGAGGAUAAGGUUUUCCUCUAUGAAGAAAAGGUUCUUGACUCUGGGGACAAGGUUCUUCACACUGAGUACAAGGUUCUCCACUCUGAGGACAAGUUUCUUGACUCUGAGGACAAGGCUAUUCACUCUGCGGAGAAAGUUCUUCACGCUGAGGACAAUGUUCUUCACUUUGAGGACAAGUUUCCUCACACGGAGGAGAAGGUUCUUCACUCUGGGGACAAGAUUACUUACUCUGAGGACAAGGUUCAUCUUUCUGGGACAAGUUUCCUCACUCUGAGGACAAGCUGCUUCACUCUGAGGACAAGGUUCAUCACUCUGAGGAUAAGUUUCUUCACUCUGAGGACAAGGUUCUUCACUCUGACGACAAGGUUCUUCAAUAUGAGGACAAGGUUACUCACUCCAAGAACAAGUUUCCUCACACUGAGGACAAGGUUCUUUACUCCGAGGACAAGAUUCUUCACUCUGAGGACAAGGUUCUUCAUUCUGACGAUAACGUUCCUCACACUGAGGACCAGGUUCCUCAUUUUGAGAAGAAGGUUGUUCACUCUGAGGAUAAGGGUCUCCACUCUGAAGACAAGGUUCUUGACUCAGAGGGCAAGGUUCUUCACUCUGAGGACAAGGUUCUUCACUCUGAGGACAAGGCUCUUGACUCUGAGGAAGAGGUUCUUCAGUCUGAGGAAAAGGUUCCUCACACUGAGGCAAGGUUCUUCACUCUGAGGACAAGGUUCCUCACGGUGAGGACAAUGUUCUUCACUCUGAGGACAAAGUUCCUCACUCUCAGGACAAGGUUCUUCAAUGCGAGGACAAGGCUCCUCACACUGACGCAAGGUUCGCUUUGAGGACAAGGUUGUUCACUCUGAGAACAAAGUUCUUCACUCUGACGACAAGGGUCUUCACUCUGAAGACAAGUUUCCUCACACUGAGGACAUGGUUCUUCAAUCUGAGUACAAGGUUCUUCACCUUGAGGACAAGGUUCCUCACUCUGAGGACAAGGUUCUUCACUAUGAGGACAAGGUCCUUCACUAUGUGGACAAGGUUCUUCACCCUGAGGACAACGUUCUUCACUAAGAGGAUAAGGUUCAUCACUCUGAGCACAAGGUUCCUCACUCUGAGGACAAAAUUCCUCACUCUGAGUAAAAACUGCUUCCACUCGCAGGACAAGGUUCCUCACUCUGAGAAUAAGUCUCUUCACUCCGAGGACAACAUUCUUCACCCUCAGGACAAGUUUCCUCACACUGAGGACAUGGUUCUUCACUCAGAGGACAAGGUUCUUCACUCUGAAGACAAGGGUCUUCACUCUGAGGACAAGGUUCUUCACUCUGAGGACAAGGUUCUUCAAUAUGAGGACAAGGUUACUCACUCCAAGAACAAGUUUCCUCACACUGAGGACAAGGUUCUUUACUCCGAGGACAAGAUUCUUCACUCUGAGGACAAGGUUCUUCAUUCUGACGAUAACGUUCCUCACAAUGAGGACCAGGUUCCUCAUUUUGAGAAGAAGGUUGUUCACUCUGAGGAUAAGGGUCUCCACUCUGAAGACAAGGUUCUUGACUCAGAGGGCAAGGUUCUUCACUCUGAGGACAAGGUUCUUCACUCUGAGGACAAGGCUCUUGACUCUGAGGAAGAGGUUCUUCAGUCUGAGGAAAAGGUUCCUCACACUGAGGCAAGGUUCUUCACUCUGAGAACAAGGUUCCUCACGGUGAGGACAAUGUUCUUCACUCUGAGGACAAAGUUCCUCACUCUCAGGACAAGGUUCUUCAAUGCGAGGACAAGGCUCCUCACACUGACGCAAGGUUCCUCGCUUUGAGGAAAAGGUUGUUCACUCUGAGAACAAAGUUCUUCACUCUGACGACAAGGGUCUUCACUCUGAAGACAAGUUUCCUCACACUGAGGACAUGGUUCUUCAAUCUGAGUACAAGGUUCUUCACCUUGAGGACAAGGUUCCUCACUCUGAGGACAAGGUUCUUCACUAUGAGGACAAGGUCCUUCACUAUGUGGACAAGGUUCUUCACCCUGAGGACAACGUUCUUCACUAAGAGGAUAAGGUUCAUCACUCUGAGCACAAGGUUCCUCACUCUGAGGACAAAAUUCCUCACUCUGAGUAAAAACUGCUUCCACUCGCAGGACAAGGUUCCUCACUCUGAGAAUAAGUCUCUUCACUCCGAGGACAACAUUCUUCACCCUCAGGACAAGCUUCCUCACACUGAGGACAUGGUUCUUCACUCAGAGGACAAGGUUCUUCACUCUGAAGACAAGGGUCUUCACUCUGAGGACAAGGUUCUUCACUCUGAGGACAAGUUUCCUCACACUGAGGACAUGGUUCUUCAAUCUGAGGACAAGGUUCUUCAGACUGAGUACAAGGUCCUUCACCUUGAGGACAAGGUUCCUCACUCUGAGGACAAGGUUCUUCUUCACUAUGAGGACAAGGUCCUUCACUAUGAGGACAAGGUUCUUCACCCUGAGGACAACGUUCUUCACUCUGGGGAUAAGGUUCAUCACUCUGAGCACAAGGUUCCUCACUCUGAGGACAAGAUUCCUCACUCUGAGUACAAACUGCUUCCACUAGGAGGACGAGGUUCCUCACUCUGAGAAUAAGUCUCUUCACUCUGAGAAUAAUAUUCUUCACCCUGAGGACAAGGUUCCUCACCCUGAGGACAAGGUUCUUCACUCUGAGGAGAAGGUUCUUCAGACUGAGUACAAGGUUCUUCACCCUGAGGACAAGGUUCCUCACUCUGAGGACAAGGUUCUUCUCUAUGAGGACAAGGUUCUUCACUCUGAGGACAAGUUUCUUCACGCUGAGAAAGAGGUUUCUCACUCUGAGGAUACGGUUCAUCACCCUGAGCACAAGGUUCCUCACUCUGAGGACAAGAUUCCACACUCUGAGUACAAGCUGCUUCACUCGGCGGACAAGGUUCCUCACUCUGAGGAUAAGAUUCUUCACUCUGAGGACAAGGUUCUUCACUCUGAGGACAAGAUUCCUCCCACUGAGGACAAGGUUCUUCACUCUGAGGACAAGGUCCCUCACCCUGAGGACAAGCUACCUUACUCUGAGGACAAGGUUCUUUACUCUGAGGACAAGAUUCUUCACUUUGAGGACAAGGUUCUUCACUCUGAGGAUAAGGUUCUCCACUCUGAUGAGAAGGUUGUUGACUCUGAGGACAAGGUUCUUCACUCUGACGACAAGGUUCUUCACUCUGAGGUCAAUGCACUUCACUCUGAGGACAAGGUUCUUCACUCUGAGGACAAGGUUGCUCACACUGAGGACAAGGUUCUUCACUCUGAGGACAAGUUUCUUCACGCUGAGAAAGAGGUUUUUCACUCUGAGGAUACGGUUCAUCACCCUGAGCACAAGGUUCCUCACUCUGAGGACAAGAUUCCACACUCUGAGUACAAGCUGCUUCACUCGGCGGACAAGGUUCCUCACUCUGAUGAUAAGAUUCUUCACUCUGAGGACAAGGUUCUUCACUCUGAGGACAAGAUUCCUCCCACUGAGGACAAGGUUCUUCACUCUGAGGACAAGGUUCCUCACUUUGAGGACAAGGUUAUUUAAACUCUGAGGACAACGUUCUUCACUCUGAGGACAAGAUUCUUCAAUCUGCGGACAAGUUUCCUCGCUCUGAGGACAAGGUUCUUCACUAUGAGGACAAGGUUCUUCACUCUGAGGACAAGGUUGUUCUCGCUGAGGACGAGGUUUUUCACCCUGAGGACAAUGUUCCUCACACUGAGGACAAGAUUCCUCACUCUGAGGACAAGGUUCCUCACACUGAGGACAAGGUUCUUCAAUUUAAGUCAAGGCUCCUCACAGUGUGGACAAGGUUCCUCACUUUGAGGACAAGGUUAUUUAAACUCUGAGGAGAAGGUCCUUCACUCUGAGGGCAAGGAUCUUCACUCUGAGGACAAGGUUCUUCACACUGUGGGCAAGGUUCCUCACUUUGAGGACAAGGUUCUUCACUCUGAGGACAUGGUUCUUCACGCUGAGGACAAGGUUCUUCACUCUGAGGACAAGGUUAUUCACGCUGAGGACAAGGUUCUUAACACUGAGGACAAGGUUAUUCACUCUGAGGACAAGGUUCUUCACUCCGAGGACAAGGUUCUUCACUCUGAGGACAAGGUUCCUCACACUGAGGACAAGGUUCUUCAAUCUGAGGACAAGGUUCCUCACACUGUUGACAACGUUACUCACUUUGAAAAGAAAGUUCUUUACUAUGAGUACAGGUUUCUUCACUCUGAGAACAAGGUUCUUUACGCUGAGGACGCGCUUUUUCACCCUGAGGACAAAGUUCCUCACUCUGAGGACAAGGUUCCUCACUCUGAGGACAAGGUUCUUCACUCUGAGGACAAGGUUCCUCACACUGAGGACAAGGUUCUUCACUCUGAGGACAAGGUUCCUCACACUGAGGACAAGGUUCUUCAAUCUGAGGACAAGGUUCGUCACACUGUUGACAAGGUUACUCACUUUGAGGAGAAUGUUCUUUACUAUGAGUACAAGGUUCUUCACUCUGAGAACAAGGUUCUUUACGCUGAGGACGCGCUUUUUCACCCUGAGGACAAAGUUCCUCACCCUGACGACAAAGUUCUUCACUCUGAGGACAAGGUUCUUCACUCUGAGGACAAGGUUCUUUACGCUGAGGACGAGUUUUUCACCCUGAGGACAAUGUUCCUCACACUGAGGACAAGAUUCUUCACUCUGAGGACAAGGUUGUUCACUCCGAGGACCAAGUUCUUCACUCUGAGGACAGGGUUCCUCACUCUGAGGACAAGGUUCUUCAAUCCGAGGACAAGGUUCCUCACACUGUGGACAAGGUUCCUCACUUUGAGGACAAGGUUCUUCACCCUGAGGACAAGGUUCUUCAAUCUGAGGACAAAAGUUCCUCACUCUGAGGACAAGGUUCCUCACUCUGAGGACAAGGUUCUUCACUCUGAGGACAAGGUUCCUCACACUGAGGACAAGGUUCUUCAAUCUGAGGACAAGGUUCCUCACACUGUGGACAAGGUUACUCACUUUGAGGAUAAGGUUCUUUACAAUGAGUACAGGGUUCUUCACUCUGAGAACAAGGUUCUUCACGCUGAGGACGCGCUUUUUCACCCUGAGGACAAAGUUCCUCACACUGACGACAAGGUUCUUCACUAUGAGGACAAAGUUCUUCACUCUGAGGACAAGGUUCUUCACGCUGAGGACGAGUUUUUCACCCUGAGGACAAUCUUCCUCACACUGAGGACAAGAUUCCUCACUCUGAGGACAAGGUUCUUCACUCUGAGGACAAGGUUCUUCACUCUGAGGAAAGGUUCUUCACACUGAGGAGAAGGGUCCGCACUCUGACAACAAGGUUCCCCACUCUGAGGACAAGGUUCCUCACUCUGAGAACAAGGUUCCUCACACUGUGGACAAGGUUCCUCAUUUUGAGGACAAGGUUCUUCACUCUGAGGACAAGGUUCUUCACUCUAAAGACAGGGUUCUUCACUCUGAGGACAAGAUUCCUCACUCUGAAGUCAAGGUACUUCAAUCUGAGGACAAGGUUCCUCACACUGUGGACAAGGUUCCUCACUUUGAGGACAAGGUUCUUCACUCUGAGGACAAGGUUCUUCACCCUGAGUACAUGGUUCUUCAUUCCGAAGGCAAGGGUCCUGACUCUAAGGACAAGGUUCCUCACUCUGAGGACAAGGUUCUUCAUGCUGAGGACAAGGUUCCUCACACUGUGGACAAGGUUCCUCACUUUGAGGACAAGGUUCUUCACUCUGCGGACAACGUUCCUCACACUGAGGACAAGGUUCUUCGCUCUGAGGACAAGGUUCCUCACUCUGAGGACAAAGGUUCCUCACUCUGAGGACAAGGUUCCUCACACUGAGAACAAGGUGCUCACUCUGAGGACGAGGUUCCUCACUUUGAGGAAAAGGUUCCUCUCUCUAAGGACAAGGUCCCUCACUCUGAGGAGAAAGAUCCUCACUUUGAGGACAAGGUUCUUCACCCUGAGGAGAAAGUUGCUGACACUGAGGACAAAGUUCCCGACACCGGGUGCAAGGUUCCUCUCUUUUAGGCCAAGGUUCCUCACUCUGAGGACAAGGUUCCUCACCCUGAGGACGAGGUUCUUCAGACUGAGGAGAAGGUUCCUCACACUGAGGACAAGGUUCCUCACUUUGAAGACAUGUUUCAUCACACUGAGGACAAGAUUAUUCUCUCUGAGGACAAGGUUAUUCACUGUGAAUACAAGGUUCUUCAUUCUGUGGUCUAGGUUCUUCACUCUGAGGACAAAGUUCUUCACUCUGACGACAAGGUUCUUUUCACUCAGAGGACAAAGUAGUUCACUCUGAGGAGUAGGUUAUUGAUUCUGACGACAAGGUUCUUCACUCUGAGGGCAAGGUUCCUCACUCUGAGGACUAGGUUCUUCACUCUUGAGGACAAGGUUCCUCCCUCUUAGGAGAAGUUUCUUCAGUCUGAAGACAAGGUUCUUCACUCUGAAGACAAGGUUCUUCACAGUGAGAACAAGGUUCUUCGCUCUGAGGACAAGAUUCCUCACUCUGAGGACAAAGGUUCCUUACUCUGAGGACAAGUUUCCUCACUCUGAGGACAAGAUCCUUACUCUGAGGACAAGGUAAGACUCUGAGGACAAGGAUCAUCACUCUGAGAGCAAGGUUCUUCACUCUGAGGACAAGUUUCUUCAUUCUGCGUGUAAAUGUAUAUAUUAGCAUAAUUAGUCAUUCAAAUUGUAGUGCAUGUGCUAAGAUGUGACACGCCGAAAUUAGUUAUUAGGAAUUGAGAAUUAGACGUAUGAACAACCUUUCGAAGCAGUUUAAACAUUGGACAAAUAUGUAAGUUAUCUAGUUAGAAAUUGAACAUGAUUUUAUUUGAUUUUAGCUUAGCUUAAUCUAAUAUUUAUUGCAUUAACUUUGUAGUUUACGAAUUCAAAUUAUACAACUAACGACAAAGUCUACGCGAAUUCAGUAAAAUAGUCUAAACAGAAGCCACGACACCUCUUGAAAGUCGGUGAUAGGUCUUGAGAGUCGAAUCGCUUCAGCUACAGUAAAAUAUUUCGGCAAUAUUGACCCUGCUUCUCGGUUUGUGAAAUGGUUUUCUUUUAUGUAAACUGAACUUGACUUAUGGAGUAAUUAUUCGUUUGGUCAUGGAUGAACUCCACGGGAUUUCGCAAGACGAAUUUGUCGAAGUCGAAGAUUGGCCAAUUCAAAAUAUCGAGGAUAACGAGAGGCUAGGCCAACAAGAACGAGGACGUUAACAGAGAAAGGAGCAGCCUACAAGAUAGAAAUUCUACGGCGUAGUAAAGACGACGCUUACUCAAAAUUGAAAAAACAGAUCAAAACACUUCGUAGUCUAUUAACGAGCGACGUCACGCUUGAAGAGUUUGAAGCUGAAAGGAAUAAACUUGAUCUGCUUAAAGAGGACGUUAACGAAGCGUAUAUAAAUUACGGCGAUGUAUUGACUUUAGAAGAAGAUAAAGAUUCUUCGUAUAAGUGGUUUGAUCAAUGCGAUCGCGAGUUUCAAGAGUUUCGAGCGCGAGUAACUGAGAAAAUACACGUUCUUGAAAGAGAUAUAUCAAGUCGAAGGCUCUCACCAUCGAUUUUAAAUUAUUCAGAAACUUCCCAUCGUUCAAAGGGUUCAACUAAUUCUCAUCGUUCAAAGGGAUCAACUAAUUCCCAUCUGUCAAAGGGUUCAAGUAAAUCCCAUCGGUCAGAGGGUUCAAGUAAAUCCCAUCGGUCAGAGGGUUCAAGUAGAUCAUCGGCUCGGGAACGCAGAGCAUCGGCAGCGGCGAGAGUAGCAAGGCUCGUAGUCGAGAAAGAAUUUGUUGAUAAAGAAUCUGAGAUAAGAAAAUUACAGUUGUCAAAAAAAAUUGCAAUGGCAAACGCCGAGGAAAUUGCCAUGAAAAAGAUUGUCGAUGAAGAGGAAAAGAGCACCAGGAGAUACAAGAAUGUUACAACUGGCUUUCCGACUGAACCGGAUAAAAUGUUGUCUUCCAGUUCCAAGGCCGAAAGAGUGAUAAAGAACGAAACUGGUGUCAAAACAACUAUCAAACCAUCAGAAGAUCCCACGUCGAUUCUAUUUCCAAUUCCACCAAUUAAACCAGAAGGAUCUACAAUUAAACCAGAAGGAUCUACGUCGAGAAAUUUUGAAGAUAUUCAACUAAGACUUCCAGGUCUACCUGUGGAGAGAAAGCAAAUAGGGACUCAAAGUCAAACAACUGGAACCAAAUGUCAAUCAACUCAUCGAGAGAAUGAUGCAUCUAUCAAUGAUAUCUUAUGCUUGCAAGCCAAACAAACGGAGCUAAGUGCCAUGAUAGUUGAACAACAUCGGACAAGUUUGUUACCACUUCAAGAACCACCUGUGUUUGACGGCAAUUACUUUGAUUACCCAGUAUUUAUACGUGCUUUUGAAGUUAUUAUUGAAAGAAGAGUCUCAUCGAACAGAGAUCGACUUUAUUUUCUAAAUAAAUAUACCACAGGAAAAGCUAAUGAAGUAAUCAAGGUGUUUAUCACUUCAAGUUCCGAAUCAAGUUAUACGAAAGCGAAGCAACUUCUUGCUGAAAGAUAUGGCGACCCACAUCGGGUUUCUGAUGCUUACAAAGUCAAGUUGAAAAAAUGGCCGAAAGUUAAAGAUGGAGACAGCGUUGGAUAUCAAGAAUACUCAGAUUUCCUUUGUCGCUGCGCAGAAAUUAUGAAAGAAAUGAUAUAUAUGGACGACCUAAACUCCAGCGAGACAUUGAAAUUAAUUUCUGGAAAAUUGCCUACGUAUUCUGGAGUUAGAUGGUGUCGUUAUGCGUUUGAUAUAAAGAAGAAUAAGUAUCGACCAGUAGUAUUUGAAGAUAUAGUAAAGUUCGUUAAAGAAGAAGCAGAACUCGUUACAGAUCCAGUAUUUUCCCCAGAUGCUAUGAAAGCAGAUCGUAAACGAGAACUCGAGAAAGAAAUGGGAAAGAAAUUAAAGAUUCGUGGUGUGAACAAUUUUGAUACAUUAGCAUCUCAAAAUUCUAGCGUAAAGAACAAUAAACCAGUAGCAGAUUGUGUCAAGUGUCUAAAGUCUCAUCAUCUGAACGAUUGUGAAGAUUUCAGAAGAUUAACCUUAAAGGAACGUCAGCAAUUUGUUAAGAAAUCAGGACUUUGUUUCGGUUGUUUACGCGCCGGCCACCUCGCAAGGAAUUGUCGAAACAGACUAACCUGUAAAGAUUGCAAAAAACCUCAUCCAACUUCUCUCCAUUUCCCUUUCAAAGAUAAAGAAGAAGAGAUCCCCAAAGAACAAGAUCAAGGAACAAAGACCGAAGGUCGUAUCGUCAACAAUUGCACUAACAUUCGAAAAUACGCAAUCUCGAGUAGUGAUACAACAAACGCAGCUAUCAUACCAGUUUGGUUACGUCAUAAGGACAACCCAAAGAAAGAAGUUAUGGUGUACGCCUUGUUGGACAACGCGAGUGAUUCCACCUUCGUGAAGACAAGCAUCCUUGAAGAGCUUGGACUUAAAGGAACAGAUGUCAAACUCGAUCUUUUUACUAUGUCGGGAAAGCAAGAAAUAUCCGUUCAAAAGAUAGAAGGUUUGGUGGUGAAUCGCGUGGACAGAAGGGUCGAGAUAGAAUUACCGAAAUCGUAUUCUCGUGAUGUUAUUCCGUCAAGAAAGAAUCAGAUUCCUACACCAGCAACUGCUGAUAAUUGGACACAUCUCAGGAGAAUUAAAGAUAAACUGUAUCCAUAUCAGGACGGUGUGUGUGUUGGUGUACUCAUAGGAUGCAACUGUCCUAAAGCGAUAAAGCCUCGAGAAGUUAUCACUGGCAAAGGAGAUGAACCUUAUGCAGUACGCACUCUUCUUGGAUGGGCGGUGAUUGGUCCAGUAACACCAAAGUCAGAAUGCGGUGAAGAUGAAACAGAAAACAUUUCAUGUAACAGAAUUGUAACCAAAGAAAUAGGUACGCCUAACCCAACGAGAUGUAACUUCAUUGUCAGUCCUCAAGUUAAAGAAACCAUCAACCCAUCAACAGUGACACAAAUGUUUGAACAAGAUUUCUCGGAAAGGAACAGUGAUAUACAAGCAUAUUCCAUGGAUGACAAACGGUUUCUAGCUAAAGUGAAAGAAGGUAUCGUUCAUUGCGAAGAUUUGCACUAUGAGAUACCUUUGCCAUUUAAGCAGCCUAACCCUAAACUACCAAACAACCGUUGUGUUGCCCUCCGACGUCUAAAUCAAUUGAAAAGAAGAUUUGAAAGAGACAAAAAAUAUCGAGACGACUACAUCACUUUUAUGAAUGGGUUACUAAAGAAUGGCUAUGCCGAGAAAGUUUCUGAGAAGAAGUCCAGUGUUGACCAGGGCGGAGAGCAUGUUUGGUACAUCCCUCAUCAUGGAGUGUAUAAUCCAAUGAAACCAAACAAGAUUAGAGUAGUUUUUGAUUGUUCGGCCGAAUAUAAUGGUGAUUCCCUUAACAAACACUUAUUGCAAGGACCGGACUUGACCAAUAGUCUAUUUGGCAUCCUUUGUCGAUUUCGUCAAGAACCAGUGGGCGUAAUGUGUGACAUCGAAGCCAUGUUCCAUCAGGUGAAGGUGACUCCUGACUGUAGAGAUUAUUUACGCUUUUUAUGGUGGAAUGAUGGUGAUAUAUCGAGAGAACCUGACGAAUACAGAAUGGCAGUCCACUUAUUCGGCGCAACAUCAUCGCCUGGCUGUUGUAACUAUGCCCUGAAAAGCACUGCUGAUGAUAACGAGACGAGUGUUGGUUCUGAUGCCGCUGAAUUCCUGCGGAAAGAUUUCUACGUAGACGACGGUUUGAAAUCUUUGGCCACUACGUCAGAAGCAAUAUCUUUGAUGAAAGAAACAAAGGAGAUGUGUAGAAGAGGAGGAUUUAAUCUACAAAAAUUUACAUCCAACAAGAAGCAAGUAAUCGAAGCCAUUCCCAAGAAAGAUCGAGCAGAGAAGAUCAGAAACCUGGAUCUCACUAACGAGGAAAUGCCAAUAGAACGGGCCCUUGGCAUUCAGUGGUGCACCGAACGAGACGAGUUCCAGUUCAAUAUUAUGAUGAGAAGUCGACCAUGUACAAGACGUGGUGUUCUAUCAGCAGUGAGUUCUGUGUACGAUCCUUUGGGUUUUCUUGCUCCAGUCCUGUUGGAAGGCAAGCAGAUUCUGCAAGAACUUUGCAAAGAAAUGAUAGGGUGGGAUGAACCGAUUCCAGAAACGAUCAAGUUGCGUUGGGAGCGUUGGCGAUCAGAUCUAUCCCUUCUGAAGAAAUUUUCCGUUAAACGAUGUUUGAAACCUGAGAAUUUUGGUCGUGUUAUGCAAGUUCAGCUACAUUCGUUCUCUGAUGCCAGUACAAAGGGUUAUGGUCAGUGCACCUAUUUAAGACUGAAAGAUCACAAUGGCAAUAUUUAUUGCUCGCUCGUGAUGGCUAAAGCAAGAGUUACGCCUCUCAAACCUAUUACAAUCCCGAGACUCGAACUGACUGCCGCACUUGUUUCAGUAAAGAUCAGCGCCCAGUUGAAAAGAGAAUUAAAUUACGAAGAAAUUGAAGAGGUGUUUUGGACGGACAGUAGAGUCGUUCUAGGUUACAUAGCCAACGAGUCAAGAAGAUUUCAUAUCUUCGUAGCAAAUCGUGUACAACAGAUCCAGGAAGCGACAGAUUUUCAUCAGUGGAAUUAUAUCGAAAGUAAACAAAAUCCUGCUGAUCUAGCAUCGCGAGGUAUUCGUGCGAGUACACUUCUGAAAAAUCCCGUUUGGAUCAAGGGACCAGAGUUUUUGUGGGAAGAUGAAAGUCAAUGGGAAACAGUAACCUCGACGAGCAAUCAAGAUGCAGUGGAGUUAUCUGAAGAUGAUCCCGAAGUUAGAAGGGUUGUUACGUUGGCAACUGAAUUGGACAAAUCGACGGAAACUUUGUUAGAUCGAGUUGAGCGUUUCUCUGAUUGGCAACGUAUGCGAAGAGCUAUAGCAUUGUGUCUUCGUUAUCUAAAGUUAUUACAACAGCGAAGAGACAAAGGAGUCAAUAAAGAUUCGAUAAAUCUCCGAAAACGGCCGAUCAGACGAUGUGUUCCAGUUACUGUAAGCAGCAACAAAUCUAUUCCUAAAGAACGAAUAACUGUUGAACAGAUUCAAGAAGCAGAAACUAGAAUCAUUAAGACACUUCAAAAUGACCUCUUCGAAGACGAAAUCAAGAAAUUAAAGUCUAUUGAAGCCCUAGUCAAUCAGCAAGACCGAAAAUCGAAAACUGUCAAGAAAUCUUAUCUUAAGAGAAACAGUCGUCUUUAUCGUCUUGAUCCAUUUCUUGGUAGUGACGGCGUUCUGAGAGUUGGAGGUCGUCUUCGACAUUCCAGUGUUGGCUAUAAUGUAAAGUUUCCAAUAAUCCUACCGAAGGCUAGUCAUAUCACCACUCUUAUCAUAAGAUACUACCAUGAGCAAGUUGGUCAUCAGGGAAGAGGAAUGACUCUCAAUGAAAUACGAUCGAAUGGAUAUUGGAUCAUUAAUGGUGUUUCCGCUGUUGGUAGUUACAUUUCCAAGUGUUUUCUUUGUCGGAAGUUACGAAGAUCAGCUGAAAGUCAGAAAAUGGCCAAUCUUCCAGAAGAUCGUUUGGAACCAGCACCUCCUUUUACUUAUUGCGCUGUUGACUUUUUUGGUCCCUGGUACAUAAAGGAACGAAGAAAAGAAGUUAAAAGAUACGGUGUGCUCUUCACAUGUAUGUCAUCCAGGGCCAUACAUCUAGAAACCUCUGCUACAAUGGAGACCGACUCAUUUAUUAACGCCUUACGUAGGUUCAUAUGUCGAAGGGGACCAGUUCGCCAGAUCAGGAGUGAUCGAGGUACGAACUUCGUUGGAGCAAGUAAAGAACUUAAACAGGCUUUGACCGAAUUCAAUUAUGCAAAUAUAACAACGGAAUUACUGAAGAGGAAUUGUGAUUGGAUAGAGUUUAAAUUUAAUGUUCCUUCCGCUAGCCACAUGGGUGGCGUGUGGGAAAGACAAAUUAGGACAGUACGUAGUGUACUUUCUGCAUUAUUACAAAGUAAUGGAUCUCAACUUGAUGAUGAGUCAUUGAGAACUCUGAUGUGUGAAACGGAAGCCAUCGUUAACAGUCGUCCGUUGACCGUAAAUGAUUUAAAUGAUCCUGAUUCACUUCAACCGUUAACGCCAAGUCACCUUCUAACUAUGAAAAGUAGAGUAAUCCUUCCACCACCUGGUGUUUUUCAGUCGCCCGAUAGAUACUCGAGAAAACGUUGGAGAAGAGUACAACAUUUGGCUAAUGAGUUUUGGUCGAGAUGGAGGAAAGAAUUCUUGCUUAGUCUUCAAGCGCGGCAGAAGUGGUGCAAGCCACGCAAAGAUUUGGGUGUUGGUGAUAUUGUCCUCGUCAAGGAAUCAAAUUUACCAAGGAAUUUAUGGGAACUCGCUCGCGUUAUUAGAACGAAUAGAAGCAAAGAUGGACAUGUGCGUACCGUGAUGUUGGCCAAGGCAGACGGUUCUUUAGAUAGCAAAGGAGUACGGACAAGGUCACAAAGACAUUUGGAACGACCAAUUGAUAAAUUGAUAUUGCUUGUUGAAGGUGAAG